AUGGAGGAGAAAGAAAGGGACAUUGAAAAAUGUCAGUGUUAUUAUGAAAUAUUAGGAGUUGAAAAAAAUGCAACAAUUGAAGAUAUAAAAAAGAAUUAUAAAAAAUUAAUUUUAAAUUAUCAUCCUGAUAAAAAUUCAAAUCGAUCAGAAGAAGAGUUAAAAAAAUAUACUCAUAUUUUUAGAAAAAUACAAGAAUCUUAUGAAUGUUUAAUUGAUGAGAAGAGACGAAACUGGUAUGAUGCCAAUCGUAAUAAAAUUAUAAGAGGAAGAGAAGAAGAAGAAAAAAAAGAAGGGGAUGAAAUAUAUUCAUAUAAUAAUUAUAAAGUUAAUAUAAAUAUUUGGGGAUAUUUUAAUAAUAAUUGUUUUAGUGGAUAUGAUGAUAAUUGUGAAAAAGGUUUUUACAACGUUUAUAGAAAAUUGUUUGAAGAUAUAAUAAAAGAAGAAAAUGAAGAAAUAAAUAAAAUAAACAAAAUAAAUAAAAACAAUAAAGAGAAACCAAUUAAUGCUCCAAGUUUUGGAAACUCUCAAACUUGUGGAAAAAGUAUUGAUGAGUUUUAUGAAUAUUGGAGUAAUUUUAGUACUGUUAAAAAGUUUGAUUUUUUUAAUGAGUAUUUAAAAUCGUAUGAAUUUGAAAAUAGACAUACACGAAGAAAUUUAAAAAAAGAAAGUGAAAAAAAAAGUGCUAAAGAAAGAAAAAAUUAUAAUGAAAAUAUAAGAUCAUUAGUACAACAUUUAAAACAAUAUGACAGUAGAUAUUUAAAUAGGGCUGUCCAAAUUGUAGAAGAAAAAAGGAAAAAAAAUGAAGAAAAAGAAAAUAAAAAAAAACAACAAUUAUUAGAAAGAAGAUUAUUAUUUGAACAGUCUAAAAAGAAAUGGGAAGAAGAACAAGCAGCAUAUUAUGAUGAAGAAGAUUUAUCAGAUUAUAAUCACCAUACGAGAGAAUUUCGUUUUGAAUCUUCUUAUAAUCAUUAUGAUAGUUCUGGAAAUGAAUAUUCAAAAAGGAAUUCAAAUUUUAAAAGAACUGAUAAUAUAGAUGAUGGUGAAUAUCAAAAUGAUAAUAAUUCGGAACAUAGUAUAAAACAAAAUAUUAUUUAUCGGUGUGAAGUAUGUAAAAAAAAUUUCAAAACCAUGAAACAUUAUAAUUCUCAUGAGAAGUCUAAAAAACAUAUAACAAAUUUUUUGAAAAUUACAAAAAAUUUAGAUUUGGAUGAUAUAUUUGGGGAUGUUGGAAAUGAUGAGGAAAAUGAUAACGAAAUUAAGGUGGAAAAAAAAAAAAAAAAAAAAAAAAAAAAAAAAUUCUCCUACUUUCUCUUUUAA